AUGACCACCCCGGCUCAACGCGUGAUUUCCCGGGAAACGACGCCCGAGGAGCUCGAUUCGGACUACCAGUGGGGCUUCACCAUUGACAUCGAAGAAGAGGCAUUUCCGAAAGGCCUCGGCGAAGAUGUGGUGCGCCUGCUUUCGGCCAAGAAAAACGAGCCGGAAUGGAUGCUGGAUUGGCGGCUCAAAGCCUUUCGCUUCUGGUCGCGGCAGACGUACGCCGAGCCGACCUGGGCCAACAUCGAACAUCCUCCCAUCGAUUUCCAGGACAUGCACUACUACGCUGCCCCCAAGUCCGCCUCGGAUGGGCCCCAAAGCAUCGAAGACGUGGACCCGGAGGUCCUGGAAGCCUUCAACAAGCUGGGCAUCCCCCUGGAAGAGCAGGCUCGCCUGGCCGGCGUGGCGGUCGACGCGGUGCUGGACAGCGUGUCCGUGGCAACCACCUACCAGGAGCAACUGGAAAAGGCCGGCGUCAUCUUCUGCUCCAUGAGUGAGGCCGUCCAGAAACACCCGGACUUGGUGCAGAAGUACCUCGGUUCGGUGGUCCCCUACGCCGACAACUUCUACGCGACCCUGAACUCGGCGGUGUUCUCCGACGGUUCCUUCGCGUACAUCCCGCCGGGGGUCCGCUGCCCCAUCGAGUUGAUGACGUACUUCCGCAUCAACCAGGCGGAUAGCGGGCAGUUCGAGCGGACGCUCAUCGUCGCCGACAAAGGCGCAUACGUCAGUUACCUGGAAGGGUGCACGGCGCCGAUGCGGAAGACCAGCCAGUUGCACGCGGCAGUGGUGGAACUGGUGGCGCUGGAAGGCGCGGAGAUCAAGUACAGCACGCUGCAGAACUGGUACCCGGGCGACCGGAACGGCGAGGGCGGCGUCUACAACUUCGUCACCAAGCGCGGCAAGUGCGCCGGCGCCGACUCCAAGAUCUCGUGGACGCAGGUGGAAACCGGCUCCGCGAUCACUUGGAAGUACCCCAGCGUGAUCUUGCAGGGCGACAACUCGGUUGGCGAGUUCUACUCGGUGGCCCUGGUGAACAACUGGCAGCAGGCCGACACCGGCACCAAGAUGAUCCACCUGGGCAAGAACACGCGCAGCACCAUCGUCGCCAAGGGCAUCUCCGCCGGCCAGGGUCAGCAGACCUAUCGCGGGCUGGUCAAGAUCAAUCCCUCCGCCAAGGGCGCGCGAAACUUCACCCAGUGCGACUCGUUGCUCGUCGGCGACAAAUGCGGCGCGCACACCGUGCCCUACAUCGAGGUCAAGAACCCAACGGCCCAGAUGGAACACGAGGCGACCACUUCCAAAGUGUCCGAUGACCAGCUGUUCUACCUGCAGCAGCGCGGUAUCGGCGUCGAGGACGCGCACUUCAUGAUCAUCAACGGGUUCUGCCGGGGUAUCUUCCAGGAGUUGCCGUUCGAGUUCGCCAUGGAAGCCUCGCAGCUCCUCAAAGUCAGCUUGGAGGGGACCGUCGGCUAA